AUUGAUGACUAAUCAACACAAACAUACGCACUCUAUGACUCGGAGUAGUGUUCGAACUUCGGACGUAGAUUCUAUCCGACAACAGUGAUGUAUGAUGGUCCCAUCAACUUCAAUGCUUGUCUACUGGUUUCAGAGAUCCUUGUAAACAUAUUUGCAGAGGUCAACGAGCGCGACGAAGAGGAGGCAGCUAGGACUUUGGCCGCCCUCUGUCGCACAUGCCGCGCAUUUCGGGAGCCUGCGAUGAAAGUCCUCUGGGCACACCUGGGAACUCUAGUCCCUUUAAUCAGAUGUAUCCCUUGUGUCAAGAUUGUCAAGAGUAAAGGAAAAAUACAGGAUGAUCUCCCAACUUUGGUCCUUGAAAGAGAGAUGUCCUCUACAGACUGGGAGAUAUUCCUUUCACACUCGCAUCUUGUUCUUUAGCGCAUGUACAUAUAUGCACGCGUGUAACUGUUCCGUACACCUGGAGGCUGGGACACGUUCGAUGGACAGAUACGUGAAUGUAUUUAUUUCGAAUAUGUCCCCCAACCUGAGCAGCAUCUAUUGCGUAAUGCGGACUCUGGCUCUUAUUUGGUUCAGGCAGUGUUAGCGUAUGCACAUACAGUUGACUGUCUCAUGAUGUAUAGUGUCGGGAUCCUCCUCACACCUAUACAAUAGCUGGUACUGACAAUGGUCCACCACUAAAAAUACUAUCUGAUAUCGUAUUGAAUAGGCAUGCAGGG